AUGACUAUGAAACUAUUGCAUUAUUUCGGCUUCGACAGCAAGCCUGCUUCCGAUGAAGUAAAAGAAACCCCAGUUCGUGCCUUACCAGCAUCAUGGUACACAUCCCCGGAGAUGUACCAGCUCGAGCGUCGUGCCAUAUUCUCUAGAAGAUGGUUAUUUCUCACACAUAGCUCCCGCCUCAAGGAAACAGGUGACUGGCUUCGUUACGAAAUUGCGGGUUUCAACUUCAUCAUCACUCGUGAUCGGGAAGGAAACGUCAAUGCCUUCCACAAUGUUUGCAGACAUCGUGCGUACCCAGUCGUGGAAAAGGAGGGGUCUGGAAACUCCAAGAUCUUAUCCUGUCGGUACCACGGUUGGUCGUACGGUUUGAAUGGAAAGCUUGCGAAGGCGCCCGGGUACAAAGAUCUAGAUUCGUUUGAUAAGGAACAAAAUGGACUCUUCAAGAUUCAUGUCCGGGUCGAUGUGAAUGGCUUUAUCUGGGUCAAUCUUGAUUCGAAAGAUGUGCCUGAGGUUCCGUGGGAGGAACACUUCGAAAACGUCGAUAAGCAAGACCGCUACAAGGCAUAUAACUUCGAUGAUUAUGAUCAUCACCACGCCUAUGAGCUGGAUGGUCAUUAUAAUUGGAAGAUUCUCGCGGACAACUUCAAUGAAUGUUAUCACUGCCCUACAACACAUCCUGAUAUCCCUGAGUUCCUGAACCUCGAAUCCUUCGACAGCGAUCUAAAGGACGGUCACAUCCAGCAUCACUGUGUCUCGACAUCGGAACAAAUCGCUAAGGGUCUCUAUACCGCGAGCACUUAUUACUUCCCUAUGACGGCUAUGGUUGUCUCACCCCAUUUCAUCAUGAUUCAGAAAUUCCUCCCACAAAGUGCCGACAGCUCGAAGAUGGCGUACGAGAUAUACAAGAAUAGAAACUCCUCCGAUGAAGACUUCUACCAGAUUGCCGACAUGUACGAACGUGUGAUGAGAGAAGACAAAGUGCUCUGCGCCAAUGCUCAAAGGAAUCUGGAUCGAAACGUGUUUACAAGUGGCCAACUACAUCCCAAAUACGAGAAGGCACCUCUCUUCUUCCAAAGCACCGUUCGUGAUGUUGUCACCGAGCACUUUGAACGGGAGAAGAAAGAAGGGGGCGAGAUUUGGUCAGCGAAGCAAAAGCCAAAGGACAAUGCACAAGUUAGCGAGAAGGAUGAGAUGUUCUGCAAGGGACUUAGCUGUGGUCCACAGAAGGAAGUCCUGGCCUGGUGA